ACCUUUCACCCUGCAUGUGAUUUGUCUUGUACAAAAUGGCAGCUUCUACGAGGGAUGCGUGCUCAUUUUCCGAGCCUCAGCGUAUCAUUACAACCAACUUGAGCCUUUUAUGGGACGUAAAUUUCACCGAAAGAAAGCUGAGUGGCUCCGUCCAGCUAGAUCUACGGAUUCUCAGCGAUGACGUGUCAUAUUUGGUGCUGGACACAAGCAACCUUGAAAUAUUUAGCGUUUGUGACGAGACAUCUGGUGAAAAGUUGGCCUUUCAUCUAGCUGAGCCAAACAAGGCAAUAGGAACUGCACUCCACAUCAAAUUGCCAUCCAGGGCACAGAACAAGGGAGCAGAGCUACGUGUAAGGAUUUCUUACGAGACUUCCCCUAGCGCCUCGGCCCUACAAUGGUUGAAACCAUCACAAACCGCUGGCAAGAAAUAUCCAUAUCUCUUCAGCCAGUGCCAGGCUAUACAUGCACGCAGCAUGGUUCCUUGUCAGGACACACCGGGAGUCAAGGUACCAUACCAGGCCAAGGUGACAGUACCCAUGGAGCUGGUUGCUCUGAUGAGUGCCGUCGGGCAAGGGGAGGAGCCCUGCCCUACCGAUGCCUCCAAGAAGACGUACAUCUUUCAGCAGACUGUACCGAUACCAUCCUAUCUCAUCGCUAUUGUGGUUGGCCUAUUAGAGAGCAGGACAAUUGGUCCUCGCUCCAAAGUCUGGUCUGAGAAGGAAAACAUUGAUCAAGGCGCUUAUGAAUUUGCUGAAACUGAGCAGAUGUUGCUGAUAGCUGAGGAUCUCCUUGGCCCGUACGUCUGGGGGCAGUAUGAUCUCCUGAUCCUGCCCCCGUCCUUCCCCUGUGGAGGGAUGGAGCAUCCUUGCCUUACUUUUGUCACGCCAACACUUUUGGCGGGUGACAGAUCUUUGGCAAAUGUUGUUGCCCAUGAGAUCAGCCAUAGCUGGACAGGCAACCUGGUCACCAACUGCAGCUGGGAACAUUUCUGGCUGAACGAAGGAUUCACUGUCUUUGCAGAGAGGAAGAUCGCCGGCAGGAUGCACGGGGAGAAACAGAGGCACUUUGAGGCAAUAGGCGGAUGGAAAGACCUACAAAAUGCUGUGGAUAGGUACGGCGCCACCCACCCCUUCACCCAUCUCAUACCCAGUCUGAAGGACGUGGACCCUGAUGAUGCAUUCUCCAGUAUACCUUACGAGAAGGGAUCCACGUUGCUGUUUUACCUGGAGACGCUGGUUGGCAAUAAUGAUGAGUUUGAAGCUUUCCUGAAGUCCUACAUCAACAAAUUCAAGUAUAAGAGCAUCACCACUCAGCAGUGGAAGGACUACCUGUAUGAAUACUUCCAUGAUCAGCAAUCGGUAUUCGACGUUGUGGAUUGGGACGCUUGGUUCUUCCAACCCGGAAUGCCGCCUGUAAAACCAGAUUUUGACACAACAUUGAGCAGUUGUUGCUCUGAGCUUUGCCUGCGAUGGUGCCGAUCGGCGACCUGUGACCUGACCUCGUUCACCAGCGAUGACCUCGGGUCACUGACCUCAAAGCAGGUCAUCGAAGUGCUCUCGCAACUUCUACUGGAGCCGCCAUUGAGUUCUGAGCACAUCCAAGCUAUGGAGAAGACCUAUAGGUUGGGUGAGAGUGGGAACGCUGAGGUCAAAUUCCGCUGGUUUCGUCUAUGCAUCCGGGCGGGAUAUGAACCCGUCACACAGAAAGCGCUGGACUUUGCCGUCCAGUGGGGACGACUCAAAUUUACCAGACCAAUUUUCAGGGAUCUGUUCAAAUUUGCCGUUGCCCGUGACCAGGCUAUUGCCACCUUCAAACAGCAUAAAGACGACAUGCACCCAAUAACAGCUGCAAUGAUUGGAAAAGACCUGCAGGAAAGCCAACAGCCAAGUCAGUAGGAGCUGCUGGAAAGUCAACAGCCAAAUCAAGACUUGCUGGAAAGUCAGCAGCCAAAUUAAGACCUGCUGGAAAGCCAAUAGCCAAGCCAUUGAGGCUAAGUUGACAUUCGUAUCCAGGCAUGCAUAUUUUUAAAGUGCCAUAUUAUCAACCAAUGACCAACAUUGUAAUCAGUAUAGACAGAUACAAAGGCAUUUAUACAAAUUUAUAGCCGAAAGUUUAUUAAAAAUGAUAUAAAUACUGCAAUGGUGUUAGAUUUAACUUGGGUGGUUUCUAUAUAGGACCAUCAGUGUAAAACCUUUACACCGGCAUCCCAUAGAGAUGCCAACGCUGUUAAAUGUACUCCGCACUAAAUGCAGUGAAUAGCCAAACAUGGCUGUACAAAUUAUCAAAAUAUUGCUCAGAAUAUAAAUAAAUUGCCAAACCAAAGAAAAGCAAUUGAUAUAUAGUAAGUAAUAUGCAAAAAAAAUGAUUUACUGGAAUCUAACAUUGCAGUAGCUUCUUUAAAGUGCCGAUAAAAGGAUGUAUGAAAUUAUAUCAUAGUUGUCAGUUGGAAAAUGACUGCAAUAUCAGCUUCAGUGAUUGAGGAGUUUUAUGUAAUUGUCUCAAAGAUUUGUAAACACUAUCAAUGGAAUGAACAAACUAAUAAAUUACUCAUUUUUAUCCCAUUAUAAAACAUGUACGUCGGAAGAAACAAUGGGAAGGAUAGAAAGAAAUUGCGUGUCCCAUUUAAGGGUCAAAGGUCACAUUCAAUAAUUGUAUGAUCCAUGCAGAAAAGGAAAUUGACUGCAAAAAAAAGUUUUCUUCCAACAUGUUACUGAAAUAUAGAGCAUAUAGCAAAAGAUCUCAUUUUGUGUCCUCGAAAAUCUGCACAAUAUGAGUUUUUCUUUUAAUGAAAAGACCUGUAAUAAUACUGAUGCUGUUUGAUUACAAAGAACUAUGUGCAUUUACAAAUAUCAUGAUCACACUCAAUGUUUUUAAUUUAACUGUUUUACUGAACACCACAUGUAGUACCAUCAUGAAAGACAUACAUUUCAUUUCAUUUCAUUUCAUUUCAUUUCAUUUCAUUUCAUUUCAUUUCAUUUCAUUUCAUUUCAUUUCAUUUCAUUUCAUUUCAUUUCAUUUCAUUUCAUUUCAUUUCAUUUCAUUUCAUUUCAUUUCAUUUCAUUUCAUUUCAUGAGCAGUAGUAUCAACAAUUAAAAUAUGCAACUAAAUUUUAUCCAAUCAGACUUCAGUUUUAGAAAUUUGACACGUUGAGAUGAUUCGUUACUAUCGUGUUUUUUUUUUCCUGAACAUCAUUUUGUUUUAAAUUUUACUGUCAAGAGUAACUGGUCUGAAUCAA